UACUGUAAGAAAGCCAUCCGGACGUCAACCCCACAUAUCCAACCCAAUUUAUAAUCACUUUCAAUUCCGAAACUGUAUUUUCUUGAUAAACACGGCGUACUCGAAAACCGCGUUCGAUACUCAAAAUUCCAUCAAAUUCCUUCAAUUCCUUUCAUUUAAAUCCAAAAUUCGCCUGAAUCACCUGUUACGCUGCACAAAUCGAUCCGUAUUUACACAUUUUACGGUGAAUUGGUACCAAUUUGAACAGGUUUGGAAUUGAGGUGCAUGUGGUGGAAUGUUACAUGGAAACUGUGGUAGCAGUGGAAGAAGGUGAGGGAAAGAAGCAAGAGAGUGGUUCUGCAAUUCAGAUUGCUGAUCCUGUUGUUUACAAGCUUGCUCGGGUUGUAGGUGAUGGGAGGUAUAUACCUGCAACUGAUGAUGAAGUGAUGAAAGCUGAAGACUUGAUUGAUCAUAAGAGUGAACUGCAUUACGUUCUGGGCGACAGUCAGACUGCAGUUUGCACUUCAAACGAUGACACUUUUGGUCAGGAGUUCAUGGCCAUCGACUGCGAACUUGAAGACCUCUUGAAAUUCGAUGACCCUUCUACUCAAGGAGAAAUAUCAGAUGCAGUAGUAGACACAAGAGUUGACCUCGGGAAAUUGAAUCCGCAAUUUGAGGAAAUUACUCGAUCAGAGUCAACUCCCAUUGACCAAUCUGGAGAUGUAAAGCAAGCAGACCAUGUAGCAGGAUCAGCCGAGAGUGAACCGUCAAUAUCAACCAUAUGUGCUAGUUGGAAACCGGAUUUCUCUAAGCUGAAAGGGGAGAUAUGUCUGGACGAUCUUUCCGUUAAAGAACUUCAUGCAACUUUUAAAGCUACAUUCGGCAGGGAGACUUCCGUUAAGGACAAACAAUGGCUCAAGCGAAGGAUUUCCAUGGGUUUGUCUAACUCUUGUGACGCUUCUGUUACCACUUUUAAUAUCGAAAAUAAUGAAGUAAAAAAGAAAGACAAAUCAGAAGAGUGUAUUAAUCAAGAUGAGAAUCAUAACAAGGAUUCUUUUAGUGGUGAUGAUAAAAUUUCGGUUGGUCAAAGUCAAACUAUUCAAAUGGAAGAUCAUUUCAGUGGAAGCAACAAGAAUGUGCAAAGUGAUGCUGCACCUCAGCGUCAUAUUGCUUUUGAAGAUGAUAAUCAGGGAAAUAAAAGAGUUAGGAAGCCCACAAGGCGGUAUAUUGAAGAAGUUUCGGAAUCAGAUUCCCGGGAUUAUAGUGGACGAACGGUUUCUUCUGUUAGAAGUUCUGGAAAUGGGCCGAGAACUCGGGUCCGGCCUGUUCAUAAUAUCCAGCCUGUUAGAAGACCACUUGUUACCCGUCAGGAUUCUCUCGGAGGUUCCGGGGUUAAAGUUCCAUACGUUUCUAGGAUCCGUAGAGGACGCCCAAGAGAAAACUUCAUGGCUCUUAUGAAAUUUCAGCCCCACGGAAUGGGAAUGUCGGCAAGACUGGUAAAGAAGGCUCAGGAUGGACACGAUCCUCAGUCCGAUAAUGACGUAGAGAACCAAGAACUCAAAGCUACACCAGCCACUGGAUGGCCUCUGCAGCCUCUAAUUAAGGAACCAAGAGAAAAUGAACAGUACUCGGAGCAAUCAGCAGACAUAGACACUAACUCAGAUGAAGGACACUUGGAUUCGUAUGCAGACGUUGAUUCAGAUGAAAAUAUAUUAACGGUGCCAACUGCAAAAGGUGGGAUGAGGAGGAAACACCAUAGACCAUGGACUCUUAGUGAAGUUGUUAAGUUAGUUGAAGGUGUUUCUAGGCAUGGUGCUGGCAGGUGGUCUGAGAUUAAGAGGAUUGCUUUUGCAACAUGCUCACAUCGCACAUCUGUUGAUCUCAAGGACAAGUGGAGGAAUCUUUUGAGAGCUAGUUUCGCACAGUUACCAGCUGACAAAGGGGUUCAAAAUUCGAAGAAGCACUCGUCAAUCCCGAUACCUGCACCGAUUCUGUUAAGAGUGAGAGAGCUUGCGGAGAUGCAAUCACAGGUGAGCCCGGAUUUGAAAGCAGUGAAAUUUGAUGGACAUAGUAGUAGAAAUGUAAAUGAUAUAAGGUCUGGGUUUUUGUAAUUGUGUAAAUUGCUUGUUAAAGUUGGGAUGACUAAUAUUAGGAAUAAGAAUGGUUGGUUGGUUGUACUGAUUGAUGAUGGUUGCUUUGCUUCUUAUUUAAAGUAUUUUGUACAUAA